AUGCCUGCGCCUGCGGCGAAGAUCCUGUGGCUUGCGCAGACCGAGCACGAGUGGAACGCGCAUUAUAUUAGGUGGUUGGCGCGGUGGAGUGGGGAGGGGUAUUUGCAGUGGGAGUUUGAUCGGAUCAGGCCUGGGAUUAAAAUGGAAGAGCGCGCGGAGAAGUGGCUGGAGGAGACGGAUGAGUUUGGGAUGAACAUGAUGUUGAUUGUGGAUGCUGCUGAGCAUCGGUCUGUGGCGUUUGUGGCGGCCGUUCACUGA